AUGGGUAUUCUGCUCGGUAUAACAGAGUGGAGAAAGGAUUUCCACACCAAACUGGUCUUACCUCAGUUCCCGAAAGUCCCCACGCAGCUGAACAAGAGAAUAGCUGAUGAUGAACGGAGCAACUGCUCGUCGGCGCUCAGUCGUGAUGAGAGCGUGGACCUCGCAGACGAGACUAUGCCUGCGACAGUGACCGCCAAGACCGGUCGCCAAGAUGACUCUGGUAGCGAGAAGGUCGUCAAUGGUGGUGACGAUGACGACGACGAUGAUGAUGAUGAUGAUGACGAAGAUGAGGAUUUACAGCAGUGCUAA